GUGAUUUGGUACACAGCUCACGUGUUCGAGGUCGGUAAUGACCCGGAAGUGACGUCACCGGCCCUUUUCAGAUCGAGGCCGGCAAGAUGGCGGCGGACACGCAGGGACAGGUUUCAGAUACACUGAAGAGGUUUGCUGUGAAAGUCACGACAUCCAGCGUCAAAGAGCGUAAAGAAGUUCUUGGAGAGCUGAAAGAAUGUGUGAAAGGGAAAGAUCUUCCUGAGCCGGCCAUCAAAGGCUUGUGCAAACUCUUCUAUCUCACCCUUCAUAGAUACAAGGAUGCUGCGUCCAGACGAGCAUUGCUCUCGGUCAUCGAGGUGCUGGUCCAGUCGCAGCCGGACGCCAUAGCAACCAACCUUCCCUCUGGCCUGCUGAGCUGUGGGGUGGUCAGCAAGGGCGUGAUGCCUGGGAAGAGCACGGCGUCGGGUGCCUGCUGCGCCCUGCCCUGGACCUGUCUGAUCGUCUGGACCGUCUUCCCCACCCCAGACAGAAGAGAAGGAUCCAACUGGAAAAAACUGGUUGAGGUUCAGAGUUUGCUGUUUGCAGAGGCGGUGGGCGGAGCUUCAAGGAAUGCUCUCAAGUCAAUCAUUAAACGCUUUAACAGACUGUGGAAGGAGAACCCGGGUCUGGCGGAUCAGUACAUGAGCAGUUUGCUGAGUUUGGAUCAAAACUGCGUUUCUUUGCCUCUGCUGGGCUUGUGUGUGGAUUUCUGCACAUCACAGAAAGACAUCAACACGAUCAACAAACACAAGGCGGCUCUGUUGGAUCUCUACAUGAAGACCGUUCUCAUGAGUAAGACCAGACCACACCAGCACAUACUGGAGAAGAGCGGCUCCAUUCUGCGUCACGUGUCUCACUCGGAGUUUAAAGAACACCUGCUGCCCACCCUACAGAAAGCUCUACUGCGCAGCCCUGAGAACUCCAUACACACUAUCUCCUCCAUGUUGGCGUAUCUGACUCUUGAUCUCAGUCAGUACUCGCUGGACAUCGGGAAGGGCAUCGCUAGUCAGCUGAAGGCAAAUAAUCCCGAGUUGAUGGAGAAAUCAGUGGAAGCGCUGGAGAAUCUGGCCCAUCAGUGCAGUGACGGCAGCGCUGUCCAGGACCUGGUCAAACAUCUCUUCAGCAUCCUCGGAGGUUCAGAAGGAAAGCUCACGGUGGUUGCCCAAAAGAUGAGCGUUCUCUCAGGAAUCAGAAGUUGCAGUCAUCACGCCGUGUCUGGUUCGUCCUCUCAGUCUCUGAGCUGCAGCGUGACCGUGAUGUUCACACCGUACCUGCAGCAGGAAGUCCACGAGGGGACGCUGGUGCACGCGGUGUCGGUGUUAUCUCAGUGGACGGACCGCUUGACUCUGGAGGUCCCAUCGGAGCUGAGAGAAUGGUUUAAAAAAGCCUUCACGCUCAAGACGUCAACGUCUCUGGUGCGCCACGCGUACCUGCAGGCCAUGCUCGGGGCUUUCAAGGGUGACACGCUGAGUCAGGCGGUCGACUUCCUCCCUCUCCUCAUCCAAACGGUGGAGAAAGCUGCCGCCCAGAAUACCCAGCAUGCACUGCUGUCAGAGGCGGUGGCCGCCGCCGUGCUGCUCUGUCGUCUCUCUAUGCUGGACUCUGUGUCUGAAGCGAAGCUGACGUCCUUUUGGAAUCUGAUUCUGGAUGAGAAGAAGCCUCUCUUCACCACAGAGAAGUUUCAAUCGCAGGCCAGCGAGGAAGCUCUCUGUACCGUCCUGCAUCUGUGUGAGAGACUGUUCCUGGACCAGCCACAGAGACUCACCGACAGCAAAUCACAAAUGUAUCAUCAGGCCGCUGUGGCGGCUCUACUGUCACGUCUGUGGCGUGUGCGCAAACGUGCUCAACAGACCGUGAAGAAGCUCCUGUCCUCUCUGGGAGGCUCCGGCCUGGCCCACGGCCUUCUGGGAGAACUGCGUGUGGUCAUCAACAAACACAAGAUUCUGCCGUCAGAUGUUCUUCAGACAGAAACGGGGGAGCUGACCGAGAUCGGACGCUCAUACGUGGCUCCUCGGACCCUGCUGGACGCUCUGAGCGUGAUCUGCUCAGCUGCCGCCAAGUGGUACGACCAGACAGAGGCAGAAAAACUGGCUCUGGAUAUUCUCAUCGUUACCCAUCAUCCCUCUGUCGUGGCCAUGAGGUCUGAGGUGUGGCCGUGUCUCCUGUCCAUUAUGAAGAUAGAUGCUGUUGAAUUCAUUGACAGACAUAUGGAGGUCAUUCUACCUCGCCUGUUGGAUACAAACGCGGACAAUCGGGCUGUUCAGAACGCCGUCGGCUCUCUGUCGGUCCUGUCCCCCACCAACCUGCUUCCACGUGUUAUGGAUCAUGUGACCCAGCGAUUGUCCAAUCCAGCGCUGAGGCUGGUGACACGUCAGGAAUAUGCAAUCAUGCAAACGCCGGAGGGUGAACUGUAUGACAAGAGCAUCAUCAUGAGCGCGCAGCAGGAGAGCACGAAGAAAGCCAACAUGAAGCGAGAGAAUAAGGCGUAUUCCUACAAAGAGCAGAUCAUAGAGCUGGAGCUACAGGAGGAAAUAAGGAAGAAGAAGGGAAUCAAAGAGGAGAUUCAACUAAGCAGCAAACAGAAGGAGAUGAUGCAGAAUCAGCUUGAGAAAGAGUCCAGCGUCCGCAAGAGACUACAGGAGUUGGACAUGGAGUUGCAGUGUGCAGUUGGUCUGUUAGAAGCGUCUCUGGCCCAUCGUCCGUCUCUGAUCUGGAUUCAUCUUCCAGAAGUUGUGCAGGUUCUUCUGCCCCUCCUGCAGUCUCCUCUGGCCGCUCCUCAUGUCAAAGAGGUCUUUCUGCACGCCGGCAUCUGUCUGAUGCUUAAAGAACUCCACUAUCUGGCGGUUCUUGUGGGUCAGGUGACUUUGCGACAGCUGAAGCCGGAGUGCGAGCUGGACCCCGCAUGGGCUCAAGAAGAUCUGAACACAGCGACCCAGCGCACCAUCUUACUGCUGCACGCACACACAGUAGCUCAAAGAGAGAGCAAAACCGGCUCAGAUGUUUGCGCCCUGUCGGCACCGGCGUUCUCCUUCUGCUUCCCGCUGCUGCAGACCGUGUUGAGUCAGAGCAGCGGAUCAUCCGAAGAGUCCGAACUGAUGAUGACACACGUGCUGCAGAUCAUCAACACGCACGCGCAGCUGCGAGCACAGUCUAAUGACAAUGACGUGCUUAUAGAUGAGAACGGUCCAGAGCUGCUGCCCAGAGUUCAGAUGCUGCUGCUGUUGACUAAAGUGAUCGGCACAUCCACACCACGCCUUCAGGUUCUGGCUUCGGGCUGUUUGACGGCUCUGUGUACCAGCGCUGGAGGACAGAUGGGCUGCGCUCUCGCCGAACAGCCUGAGAUUGACGUUCUGCUGGACGCGUUACUGUCUUCAUGUUUCUCAGUGAGAGACGCGGCACUGCGGGGUCUGUUGGAGAUGGAGUUGGCGUUACCCACGGACGGCUCGGACGCCAGCGGUCUGAAGGUGCUGAGGAGACUGUGGGUGGCUAAAUUCGAUGUGGAGGAGCAGGGCAGAGUUCUGGCUGAGAAGAUCUGGCAGACUCUGUGUCUGGAGCUCGUGUCUGAUCUCUGUCCGCUGCUGAUCGAGGACGUCAUCCAUCACGUGGAGGUUGUGAGGUCGGCGGGCGCGGAGGCUCUUUCCAGUGCCAUCAGCCAAUACCUGGACCAAUCUACCACGGUUCUGAGCCGGCUCACCGAACUCUACCAUCAGAAACUCUACAGACCUCCUCCAGUUCUUGAUGCUCUGGGACGUGUCAUUUCUGAAUCUCCGCCGGACCAGUGGGAGGCCAGGUGUGGCAUUGCUCUGGCUCUUAACAAACUGGCUCAGUACCUGGGUGAGAGUCAGGUGACACCUCUCUUCCUGUUCUUCGUGCCGGACGCUCUGAACGACAGACACCCGGAGGUGCGCCGAUGCAUGCUGGAUGCUGCACUGUCCGCCCUCAACACGCACGGCAAGGACAACGUGAGCUCUCUGCUGCCUGUGUUUGAGGAGUUCCUAAAGAGCGCCCCGCAGGACGCCAGCUACGAUUCUGUGCGACAGAGCGUGGUCAUUCUCAUGGGUUCACUGGCCAAGCAUCUGGACAAGAGUGACCCGAAAGUUAAACCCAUCGUGGCUAAGCUGAUCACGGCCCUUUCUACACCCUCACAGCAGGUCCAGGAGUCAGUGGCCAGUUGUCUGCCGCCUCUGGUUCCAGCUAUAAAGGAAGACGCUGGUGGGAUGGUGAAGAAACUUCUGGAGCUCCUGCUCGAGAGUGAUAAAUAUGCCGAGCGGAAAGGUGCCGCGUACGGGCUGGCCGGUCUGGUCAAAGGUCUGGGAAUCCUGUCGCUCAAACAGCAGGAGAUCAUGAGCACUCUGACCAACGCAAUUCAGGAUAAGAAGAACUCCAGACGCAGAGAGGGAGCUCUGUUUGCCUUCGAGAUGUUGUGUAACAUGCUGGGGAAGUUAUUCGAGCCGUACGUGGUCCAUGUUCUUCCUCACCUCCUCCUGUGUUUCGGGGAUGGGAAUCAGUAUGUCAGAGAGGCUGCAGAUGAUUGUGCCAAAGCCGUGAUGAGGAACCUGAGCGCUCACGGUGUGAAGCUGGUCCUGCCUUCUCUGCUGGUGGCGCUGGAGGAGGAGUCCUGGAGAACCAAAGCAGGUUCUGUGGAGUUGUUGGGUGCGAUGGCUUAUUGCGCCCCUAAGCAACUCUCCUCGUGUCUGCCGAACAUCGUGCCCAAACUGACCGAGGUUCUGACGGACUCUCAUGUGAAGGUCCAGAAGGCCGGUCAGCAAGCUCUCCGACAGAUCGGCUCGGUCAUCCGUAACCCUGAGAUUCUGGCGAUCACGCCCAUCCUGCUGGACGCUUUGACCGACCCGUCUCAUAAGACGCAUCACUGCCUACAAAUGCUGCUGGACACAAAGUUUGUGCACUUCAUAGACGCUCCGUCUCUGGCUCUGAUCAUGCCCAUCGUUCAGAGAGCGUUUCAGGAUCGAUCCACCGACACACGCAAGAUGGCCGCACAGAUCAUAGGAAACAUGUACUCGCUUACCGACCAGAAGGAUUUGUCUCCAUAUCUUCCCAGCGUGAUUCCAGGACUGAAAACGUCUCUGUUGGAUCCCGUGCCAGAGGUGCGAACCGUCUCGGCUAAAGCUUUGGGUGCUAUGGUGAAAGGGAUGGGCGAGUCCAGCUUUGAGGAUCUGCUGCCGUGGCUGAUGGAGACGCUGGCUUCAGAACAGAGCUCUGUGGACCGCUCCGGUGCAGCUCAAGGUCUGGCUGAGGUGAUGGCAGCGCUCGGUGUGGAGAAGCUUGAUAAACUCAUGCCGGACGUGGUGCAGACGGCCAGUAAACUGGACAUCGCCUCUCAUGUCAGAGAUGGAUACAUCAUGAUGUUCAUCUACCUCCCGCUCACGUUUGGAGAGAAAUUCACGCCGUAUGUGGGUCCCAUCAUCCCCUGUAUCCUGAAGGCUCUGGCCGAUGAGAACGAGUACGUGAGAGACACGGCUCUGCGCGCAGGUCAGCGUAUCGUCAGCAUGUACGCUGAGACCGCCAUCGCUCUCCUGCUGCCAGAGCUGGAGCAGGGUCUGUUUGAUGAUCUCUGGAGGAUCAGAUUCAGCUCGGUGCAGUUGCUAGGAGACCUGCUGUUCCACAUAUCCGGUGUAUCGGGCAAGAUGACAACAGAGACGGCGUCGGAGGACGACAAUUUUGGCACAGCCCAGUCCAACAAGGCCAUUAUUGGAGCGCUGGGCGCCGAGAGGCGGAACCGUGUGCUUUCCGGGCUCUACAUGGGCCGCUCGGACACACAGCUGGUGGUGAGGCAGGCGUCUCUUCACGUGUGGAAGAUCGUGGUGACAAACACGCCCCGCACGCUGCGCGAAAUCCUGCCCACCCUCUUCACGUUGCUGCUGGGGUUCCUGGCCUCCACCUGCUCGGACAAAAGAACGAUCGCUGCUCGUACUCUGGGUGAUCUGGUGAGGAAACUGGGCGAGAAGAUCCUGCCCGAGAUCAUUCCCAUCCUGGAGGAGGGUCUGCGCUCGGACAAGAGCGACGAGAGACAGGGCGUGUGCAUCGGCCUCAGCGAGAUCAUGAAGUCGACCAGCAAAGACGCGGUUCUGGUGUUCUCCGAGUCUCUGGUCCCCACCGUACGGAAGGCUCUGUGUGAUCCUCUGGAGGAGGUCCGAGAAGCGGCUGCGAAAACCUUUGAGCAGCUUCACACAACCAUCGGUCACCAGGCGCUCGAUGACAUCCUGCCCGCACUGCUCAAGCAGCUGGAGGAUGAAGGGACGUCUGAGUUUGCGCUGGACGGACUGAAGCAGGUCAUGGCCGUGAAGAGUCGCUCGGUUCUGCCUUACCUGGUGCCUAAGCUAACAGCUCCUCCUGUGAACACUCGUGUCCUGGCCUUCAUCUCGGUGGUGGCCGGAGACGCCCUGACGCGUCAUCUCGGUGUGAUUCUGCCCGCGCUGCUCUCCUCUCUCAAAGGCAAGCUGGGAACAGAAGAAGGCCUGCAGGAGCUGAGUAACUGUCAGACGGUCAUUCUGUCUGUAGAGGAUGAAGUCGGGCGGAGAAUCGUCAUCGAACAUCUUCUUGAAUCCACUCGAGGAGCAGACGCGGGGCUGAGGCAGGCGUCCGUCACCAUCCUCAACGCAUACUUCUCUCGCACGCGGCUGGAUUACAGCGCUCACUUGCGUACGCUGCUGUCCGGACUCAUGCGUCUCAUGAACGACACCAAUCCAGAGGUGCUCAGCCAGAGCUGGGACACCAUCAACUCCAUCACCAAGAAACUGGAUGCUGGCAGUCAGCUGGCUCUGAUCGAUGACUUGCACCGAGACAUCCGUUCAGCUGCUGCCGAGGUCAAAGGUCAACACUUGCCUGGCUUCUGUCUGCCUAAGAAGGGCGUGACCUGCAUUCUCCCUGUGCUCCGAGAAGGCGUGCUGACAGGAAGUCCAGAGCAGAAAGAGGAGGCGGCCCGUGCACUGGGAGGAGUCAUUAAGCUGACAUCAGCGGAGGCGCUCCGCCCCUCUGUGGUCAACAUCACCGGACCACUCAUCCGUAUCCUCGGAGACCGUUUCGCGUGUUCCGUGAAGACGGCUCUGUUAGAAGCGCUCACUCUGCUGUUGGCCAAGGUGGGCAUCGCUCUGAAGCCCUUCCUGCCGCAGCUCCAGACCACCUUCCUGAAGGCGCUCCAGGACUCCGGCCGGGCGGUGCGGCUCCGGGCGGCCGAGGCCCUGGGUCAGCUGGUCUCCAUACACACUAAAGUAGAUCCGCUGUUCACGGAGCAGCUGGCGGCCAUACGCAACGCAGAGGACUCGGGAGUCAGGGAGACCAUGUUACAAGCCCUUCGCUUUGUCAUCCAGGGUGCAGGGUCAAAGGUCGACCCCGCCAUCAGAAAAAACAUCAUCACAAUACUGCUAGGCAUGCUGGGACACGAUGAGGACGCCACGCGGAUGGCCUCUGCAGGGUGUGUUGGCGAGCUCUGCGCGUUUCUUACAGAAGAAGAACUCAAGAGCGUCUUACAGCAGCAUGUUCUUGCGGACGUGUCUGGUGUGGACUGGAUGGUGCGUCACGGUCGGAGUGUCGCUCUGGCUAUCGCAGUGAAGUCUGCUCCCUCUCAGCUGUGUUCAGAGGAGUACAGAUCCACCGUUCUGGAGGCCGUGUUAUCCAGCGCCACGGCCGAUCGAAUUCCCAUCGCCUGCAGUGGCAUCAGGGCCAUGGGUUACCUGAUGAAACACCAGCUCUGCUCGGAAGGAGGAGAGGCCAUCUCACCUCGUAUCAUCACGCAGUUUGUGAAGUGUCUGCAGAACCAGUCGAGUGAUAUUCGUCUGGUGACAGAGCGUGUGCUGUGGUGGGUGUGUAAGGAGGCGGAGACUCCCGCUCUAGAACCCAAUCUGGUGAAACCGGUCAUCAAAGCCCUGCUGGACAACACCAAAGACAAGAACACCAGCGUCCGAGCCCAGAGUGAACACACGCUGGUCAGUUUACUGCGACUGCGCCAGGCAGAGAGCGGCAUGCAGAGCAUCAGCGUGAUCUUGGACUCGGCCAGUAAUGAGCUUCUGUCAGAAUGUUACAGAAGAUCCCUGAAGAAGAUCUCUGGCCUUCCUGACUCCAAUGAGGAGAUCGAUGACACCAUCCUCACAUGAUUGACAGCAUCAGUCUUUCUCUGGAUCUGAAUGCUUCAGUCACUGAUGUUCUUAAAGAACGAGCGAUUGUGCUUAACAUAUUAGAGACCUGCAUCUGUCAGUUACAAACACACGCGAGCUUUGACUGUCCGUGUCAUUUACGCCAUGAGAAAAGCCUGGGAAAUUAUUUAUUGUGCUAAACCCCUGAAAUGAUCUUAAAUUGAUAUUUCCUUUAUUUGGCUGAUUAUUUGUUUGUUUUUUUAUGAAAAAUUAAGUAUUCAUUUGUGCCAAUUCUUAACAAACAGUGAUGUUUGAAUGCCCCUUGUUUAGUUUUGAGGCUGUUUGUGUGAGCCAUUAAAGACCUAAAGGAUGUGAUGCUGAUGUUCUUCAGUUCGAGCUGUGUCCUCUAAUAAUGGUUGUAUGAAUAAAAGAAAAUGAAACGUUGGUUUAAUAAACGGUUUGAUUUAACCUGA